AUGACGACACAGCUGGCCUCGAACUUCGAACAAGAAGUGGACGAGUACGUGAGCCGCUUAACAUUCCGGCGACGCUUAAAAUCCUGGCUGUCGGCGUCUAAUACGUGGUUUAGCUGUCUCGGCGGCGAUAGGUGUAGCACGCGCGAGUAUAGCUACGAUACGGAACAGUUGGAUAUUUUGCUGUUGUUAAACGGGCUGAAAAGCGAAGCCAGCUCUGUCAGGAGUAGUUGCACCAGCUCUUGUUCUCCUCGUGCGGAAGUUCCAAGCAUGGCGUCCGCCUGGGAGCCCACUAACUCACACAGUAAACCGCCUGGAGAUUCCAAUAGGCCCCCUACUACUGUAAUAGCACGACGAAAACGUUUGGUAGAACUUUGUCGUCGAUUCAAGUCUGGCCUUCGCAAGUCUGAUCGUUCGAGAAGCUCUGCCAACCCAUGGGAUUGCAAGACACCCGCUGGUCCUCCCUGGGUUUUUGAAGACGAAGAAACUUACGGUCCGUCACGGCUCUGGAAGCAGAACUCGCAUGAGUCGCAUCCAGCACAGUCUACCAAUAUUCUCGCACUGCUCGAGAUGCAGGAGAUAUGA